CUACGCGGAGGCAGAAGUGGCACUGCAGUUUUUAAAAAACAGCUGAUACCGUCCCUUUGUUGCUAGAGGCCAGAAUUUGUAAUGGAGUGCUAACGGAAAGUCGCUUCAAUUGUCGCUACAAUCUCAAACAAAAGCCCUCUACCCUUGCUGGGAGUGUGGUAAGGUGCUGCUUGCGGUGCAAAACAAGAAGAGCAGCAGAAUGGAAGUCCAAAUGGAUGUAGCUGUGGGCAAAAGUUCCUGUCCUGAUGUGUCGUCACUGAUGCAGAGUCUACAACAAGCCUUGGCCCUCGAAGCUAAAUUCCAGCCCAAGCUUCAACUUCCCUCAGCAGCCAGCACCACAGGAGAAAGCAGUGAAAUCACAUGUGCAAUGAGAGAUGGAGCUGCUCAUGUUCUUCGCUGCCUGAAGGUCUGGUAUGAUCUUCCCUCUGCAGUUCUGCUGGAUGCUCUCAAUUUAAUGGACCGGUUCAUGAGUCGCAUGAAAGCACGUCCCAAACACUUGUCUUGCAUCGCCAUCAGCUCCUUCCAUCUUGCAGCCUGCCAAUGGGUGGAGAGGGUUAAACAGAACAAUGGUGGUGAGACAUCUUCCAUCCCAGGACCGUUGCAGGUUGUUCCUGAACCACAAGAUCUGGUAACAAUAUCUCAAUGCAAAUGUACCGCCGGAGACAUUAACCGGAUGGAAAAAAUCGUUGAAGCGAAGUUGGCUUGUCUGCCCCAGGAAGAACCAGUUACAACUUUAACAUUCCUCAACUUGUAUCACGCACUAUUGUCGACAACUUUACCUGCCGCGCUUCAACCAGAUCUUCUGAUCCUUUCUUGCAAGCUGGAGACUAUUUGCUGUGACGCAAAUUAUGCUGCCUUUCCCUCAUCUGUUUUGGCUUUUGCUCUUCUGUUUGUGGAAAUGAAGUGUCAUCAAACAGCCAUUGAGGUCAUUAGCCGUGAUGUUUUACUCGAACUACAGCGACUUGCUCAGGUCAAAGAUGACAUGCUGAAUGAAUGCGUAAGGAUGGUCUCUUCAGUGAUGGCCCCUUACGAUGGCUAUGCUCAGAGCAAUCCGUCUCACCGUCAACGACUUACUUGGAAGCUGUCCAGGCGUACGUUAAAGCAGUUACGGCCCACCGAAAAGUUAGUUAGUGUUUUACCAACCAUUGAGGAGAACCGCCAAUUUGGCCAAGUGCAGAAACGCAGCCGCCGUUCACGUCUUAGUCCGCACAAGAUACGACCUGUAUCACCAGGUGCUGUCUUGUCCUCGCUGCCUCUGCCCUUUCCGACCAAAGAAGAUUUAACGUCGUUUUUCGACAAUUUUGUUGCGGCUUCACCUUAUUCGUUCAGAUUUCUGUAUGGUUUGGAGGAGGAAAGUCCUUCAACUGCUUGAAUGGAGGAAAUUCCAGCAAUCGUUUUUGCGAAAAAUUCUUCUUCCUAAAAUUUACACCACAAUUAUUAGAUGCAUUUUGUUUAUCUUCUCAAACUCUUUGAAAGAAAAGUUCAUUUGCCUUGUAGAUACUGUAGAUAAAUAACUGCCAUUC